AUCCUGACCACACCCCACGCAACCUAAUUGUCCCCUCCUACUUUCCCCAAAUUACCCUUCUCUUCGCUACCAAACAAACAUCUCUAAUUUAAGACAAAAAUGUCAAAUCAUACCUCAAAUCUAAAGUGAGAGACAUACACAGAGAAUACUGAAGGAGAAGAAGAAUACCUUCAAAUAUGGAUCACAUCUCCCCAAAAAACUUUUCCUCAUUUCACCUUUACUCACUUUUCCUUAAUCCCUAAGGCUUCUCUCCCUUCUUCAAUUCAAUUCAAUCCUUAGAUUUCAACUUCUUCUUCCUCUUCCCCAACCUGCAAGAACAAACAGCCAUGGCGGACGCAGUGUUCAAAUCAAAGUCCGGCGACGACAAUGCAAAUCAGAGUAGCAGUAAGUUCUUGCGCCACUUCCUCUACAAAGCCGCCAUCAUCACACUCUUCCUAGUUUUGCUCCCAAUCUUCCCUUCAAUCGCUCCUGAAUUCCUUAACCAGACUCUCCAUGCCAGGAGCUGGGAGCUUCUCCAUCUCAUAUUCGUCGGCAUAGCCGUCUCCUAUGGCCUAUUCAGCAAGAAAAACGAUGAUCUCCAUAAGGAUCAUUAUUACGCUUCUAAGCUUGAUAAUGCCCAAUCCUACGUCUCUAAAUUGCUCCACGUUUCAUCUGUUUUCGACGAUGAUUCCGAUCACAACGUCGCCGCCGGAGAUGACAGUAAGGUUCAGACGUGGAGCUCGCAGUAUUUCCGGGGAGAACCGCCGGUGCUCGUGGUGGCGGCGGCGGCGGCGGCAAAGGAAAACGACGCCGUUUCGGAACUCGGCCACAACAAGCCUCUGCUUCUCCCCGUCAGGAGUUUGAAACAACAGGCGAAUGAAGAAGGAGCUAAAUCCGAUUCGAGGAUUAGAACUGGUUUCGGUUCGAAUUCGGCUUCUAGAAGAUUUGUUAGGAGUUCGAGGAGGUUGAAGACGGCGGAGGACGGCGGAGCGGUUAGUACGGUCGAGAAGAUGGAAGAUGUCUCGGCGGAGGACAACGUCGUCCUCCGAUCGCCGAUUCCAUGGCGAUCCAGGUCGGGAAGGAUGGAGGUGAAGCAGAACGACGAGGAGGAUGGAGAUGGAGGCGGCUAUCUCGUUCCGCCAUUAAUGGAGGAGCAGGAAGCGAGCAGGAUUGAAUCGAGGUCUUUCAAAAGCACUAAACCUAACAAACCUUCAACAUCGUCGCCAUUUUCAUCCGAACCAAGCGGCGAAGAUGUGGCAAGGAAGAAGGCGUUUCUCUCGCCGCCGCCACCGCCUCCUCCUCCGCCGCCUGCACCGAGAAAACCGGUGCUGUUGAAAUCAAACUCAAGCGCCGCCGCCGCCGCUGUUGCCGUCGCAGCAGCGCCUAAGAAGGCGUUGAGGCGAAGCGUUAGGAGCGUACCAACAGAGGAGGCUGAAAUUGCCGACGGAAUAUCGCCGUCGUCGGGGAGAUCGGUUAGGACUUUCAGAGGUCAUGAGACGGCGAUGGAGACCUCGCCGGAGAAGGCGGUUAAGAAGCCGGCGUACUCCAACAAGGCGAAGAUCCAGCAAGAAUUGGCCGAGAAGGUUAUACUAGAGAGCAGCAGCGACGACGACGAAGAAGAAGAGGAGCCGCCGCCGGUGGUGGUGGCGGAGGAAGGAGGCGGAAGGAUAAGCAAUGGCGGUGGAGCUGCAAUCGGCGAUGAGAAUGAAGAUUGUGUGAAUGAAUUAGGACGAGAUGUUGACAAGAAGGCGGACGAAUUUAUAGCCAAGUUCCGUGAGCAGAUACGGCUGCAGAGGAUCGAGUCCAUCCGACGGUCGACGGCGCAGCGCGCCGGAAGAACCUUCAGAUGAAGGAAGAAGAUGCAAUAUAUUGCAGAGCUCAUUUUUUAGCCUUCUCUAGGCAGUUAUGCACAAAUUUAAGUGUUUUUUAAGCUCCCAAACUAUGGGUGGGAAGAGAUGUAGUUUACAGUUACAGUUAUAGAUUAAGGAAGUUAUAGAAGAUGAUGAUGUUGUCGGUCCUCUUAUUAUGGACUUUAUAUUUCUAAUUUAAAUUGGACUUCAUUUUAUUUGAUGUUAUAAAGAUCAAUAUGGGCUUAUAUAUAAAAGCCCAGUUGUGUAA